UUAUUGUUAUUUCCACUUGCGAUUUUGUUUUUAUUUUAUUGCGCACUCGAAAUUGUUUUGUUAUUUAGCCAAGAUCAAAAAAACUAAAAGAGCUCUUGAAAUGGUGCAAAAUGCAGCGCACUUUAGUUUAGUUUAAGUUGUUCGCUCGUCGUGUUUGUGUGUUCUUAAUUUGCAAAUGUGAAUGAAAAUUGCCAAAACUGCAUACAAUCUGCAUAAAGGCAGCAAAAUAGUGUACUAAUUGUAAUUGUAUAAACAAAAAAUGUCGCUAUUUGUGGAAUAUACAGAGCCCAAAUGGCGAAAUUUGGAUAUGCGCGCGUUGUCCGUCGACGAGUUUUACCUGUACCUGCGAUCGGGUUUUCAUAAAGAGAGUUACCUGUACUCACUUUCCGACGAGUGCUACACGUGUCCGUAUUCCAAAGUGAAAGCUCUGCCCGCUGCGGACGUCGCUGCCGGCGUCGCAGUCGACGUCGCUGAACCGUUACGUUUGAAUUCGGCAUUUGGGCUCAAUUUUAAAAUAUACGAACAUGAUCAGGGCCACUAUGCCUACGACAAUGUUACGUCACUUUGUUGGCUACGUCGCACCGAUCUGCAGGAAUUCGGCGUCUACAACCUGACCCUCCAAGCGAACGGGACCUGUACUUUCGCGGUGGACAAGGCCGGUGUGCCCAUUAAUUAUGCAUUCCUGGCCGUAUUCGUUUUGGUUGCCGCCCUGUUAAUCACAUUGAAGCUCGUGAGUUGCGCCUGGCGAUGCUAUCGCUACGAUGAGGCCACCGCCGCAGCCGAUAGUAUCGGAGCAGCCGCCACCAAGGCCACCCAAAGGAAGCGCCUCAGGAGUCUGGACACCUUCCGAGGCCUCUCCAUCGUGCUGAUGAUCUUCGUGAACAGUGGCGGCGGCGGAUUCGCCUGGAUCGAGCACGCGGCAUGGAACGGAUUGCACCUGGCCGACGUGGUGUUUCCCUCGUUCCUCUGGAUCAUGGGCGUGUGCAUUCCGCUGUCGGUGAAAUCACAACUGUCUCGUGGAAGCAGCAAGGCCAGGAUCUGCCUGCGAAUCGUGUGGCGAUCGAUGAAACUCUUUGCCAUCGGACUGUGUCUCAACUCGAUGAGUGGCCCGAAUCUGGAGCAACUGCGUCUCAUGGGCGUCCUGCAGCGAUUCGGAGUGGCCUUUCUGGUUGUGGGUGUACUCCACACGCUGUGCAGCCGCCGGGAGCCCAUAAGUCCACAGAGUUCGUGGCAGCGGGCCGUCCACGAUGUGUGUCUCUUCAGUGGCGAGCUGGCCGUUUUGCUGGCCCUGGUGGCCACCUAUUUGGGGCUAACCUUUGGCCUGCGGGUGCCGGGAUGUCCGCGUGGCUAUCUGGGACCGGGUGGCAAACACGACUAUGUGGCCCAUCCGAAGUGUAUUGGUGGUGCAGCUGGCUAUGUGGAUCUUCGGGUGCUGGGCAAUGCGCACAUCUAUCAGCAUCCCACUGCGAAAUACGUCUACGACUCCACUGCCUUCGAUCCGGAGGGAAUUUUCGGCUGCAUUCUGAGUGUGGUGCAGGUGCUCCUUGGCGCCUUUGCGGGCGUAACGCUGCUGGUGCAUCCCACCUGGCAAUCGAGGAUCCGUCGCUGGCUAAUCCUCAGCGUCGUUUUGGGCCUCAUUGGCGGCGCUUUGUGUGGAUUUUCGCGUGAAGGUGGCGCCAUACCCGUGAACAAGAACCUCUGGUCGUUGUCCUUCGUCUGCGUCACCGUGAGCAUGGCUCUGGUUAUCCUGUCGCUGCUCUACUACGUCAUCGAUGUGCGGGAAUCGUGGAGCUGGUCGGGCCAUCCCUUCACCGAAUGUGGCAUGAAUGCCAUCGUGAUGUAUGUGGGACAUACGGUGAUGCACAAGAUGCUACCCUGGCACUGGAGGAUCGGGGAGAUGAACACGCACUUCAUGCUCCUGCUGGAGGCCACGUGGAACACCCUCGUCUGGGUGGGCAUCGCCCUGUAUCUGGACGCCCAGGAGUUCUACUACAGCUUGUAGGUCGCUCGUACAACAAAAUCUCCAUAUGCACAAUUCAAUUGCCAAAUACAUUAGCGUUUGUAUAUAGUGUGAUUUUUACAGAUGCUUUGCCAUCGAAGCACAAAAGACCAUGAGAAAUGUUUUAGUAUUUGUAUAACAUAAUUCCGAAUUUUUUAUCGUUGUAAGAACACAAAUUAAUAUCAAUAAAAUAUAAAUCAUAUUUAAA